AUGGCGGCCGGUAAUGAUGAGCGGCACCUCGGCCAGCCUGACCACUGCCUGCGGCACAUACCUGCUCAGCUCGCGAGCUCAAAGCUGCGCGCCAAGGCGGCGGUGGGCGCGACACGUGACGAGGUGUCGCUCAAAUACGAGAUGGGUCCAGACGCCGGGAACAGCAGCAUGGUCAGGUCCGAGAUCGAUGCGGGCAGUCAACUUCUGGCGAGCUUUCCGCGACACGCGGCGCUCCAAGCCUCCAACACAGCGCUCUUCACAUCCACGGCGGGUCAGAGCGGCAACGAGGAAGAGCUAUCUGUCCCUCCCGCUCGAGCCACGCUGCUGCAGCGUUCAGCGACGACUUCUCACUCUCAACAGCAGUCUACGAUCGAGCACAUUGAAGCACUUGACACCGAGAGUGAAGCGAAGGAGGAGGCUGCCUUUGCUGAAGUUGCUCGACGGCUCCUGCAGUCCGAGACUCUGCUCGAGAAGCACGAUCUGCGCCUUCUGCAACAGUGCGAUCUUCAAGCGGAGCAGCGUCGACUGAUCAAAGAGCUGCAGAGGGAACAAAUCCAUGGCGCCGGUCGGCGCAUCGAAGAAGCGCAAGUCAACGGCUUCGACCAGAGGGCGCGGUACUGUAGUGCGGCAGACCUCACCGUUCGAAUGCACUCGCCCAAUCCCUCGCUGCAGAAGGGGCCAAGAGAAGACGCAAGCAGAGAAGGACGGGACGGACAGUGCGCGAAGUCAGCGAACGGCAACGUCGCAAGUCCAAUGGAAUCGUUGCCGUCACCGGCGCUCAAGCUCCUGGCCAUCUUCCUGUCAUCAUCCUCGCUGAGCUCCGGAUCGAGUCUGAUCCCAAAGCGGCAAGAGGCCGGAGAGACUCGCACCACCAAGAACCGAGGCAUCAGAGACCGCUUCCUGGCGAUAUGCCAAGCAAAUGUGCAGCUCGCGAUGGACAUCGAAUCCUUGAUCAACUGGUUUUUCGACACGGCAAGUGAGACAGAUGCGCAGCCGGUGUUGGACCGCCUGCAGCAGCCUGCCAUCGACGGCAAGAGAGCCAGCUCGGGAGCUCCUCGCGACCAUCUGCAGCCGCUGCGCGCGUUUGCACGGUCGCCCUCGCGGGCAAGCACCCUGGGCAUCAACGAGGUGAGGUGUCUCGCUGCGACGAUCACGAGCGGCUGGGAGGAUGAAGCGGCGAUUGCCAUCCAUACUACCAACAUCGGGCUGAGGCACCACUCGGCUGAUUUUUUUGGCGCUGGCUCUGCUCGACCACUGAGGGAGUACACGCGGGAAAACACACAGAUGCUAUGCGUGAUCUGCCAGUUCGUCAAGAUGGACUACUCUGACGAGGAAGCGCGCGUCAUGGUCCUGAAUUAUUCUCGCUCGUGGCGCAAGAAACAACCGGUGCGAACGGUUCCAGCGAUCGACCCAACUAAGUGGGGUCGUGGCGAGUCAAAUCACGACGAGAUGCACUUCACCUGGCACGACAGCAUGAAUCACGACUUUGUGGAGGAGAACGCGCGAGAGGCAGUGCAACGAGUAACCAUCCCCUUCUCGGAUUGGAUCAGCGUCAAGCCUGUCGACUUGGAUGCCCUUCUCGACGCAGAGGGCUGGAGCGCAGACAAGGACAGCGACUACGCGCGCGACGACGACGAUAGCAGCGAUGACGUUGGCCGUCCGCUCGCCGCUGCCAAUUUGCCGUCGGAGGAAGAUGACGAGGGGGACGAUGUCCUUGAUGAGCCGAUUCUCCCCGUUUCGGCGCUCCAGGCGGGCGACAUCCGUCUCGUCCAUCAUCAUCACCUCCCGGCGCUGCGACGUCCCACUGGUCCCCUCCGCGAACAGACACGACGGCGCCUGGGGCAAAAAAAACCGUUACGACGGCCUGGGUCGAAGGAGAUGGGAACUGCCAGCUCCGAGCGAAUCGAGCCCCUUCUGGAUCCCGACGUCGACUAUGACGUCUGUGUUGAUCUGAUGGAGCUCAAUGAGACCUACGGAGACGACUUCACUCUGCAAGUGAUGCCCGAAAUCAUUGGCGCUGACAUCGCCUAUGUCACAGAUACGCCCUUUGUCGCUGCUCGUACCGACCACCCCGGCCAGAACCCGCAUCGCAGCUUUGGUAUCUUCCGCUGCAGCCAAGAUGGAGAGGACGAUGGAGGACCGGACAUUGCAGCUGUUGGAGUCUGGCAUGACCGAACGAGUGAGCUGGAUAGCUCAGCGAACGUCCUCGACGAACGUGCUUUUGGGGUUGCUCUGUCUCAAGGCGACUUGGAGUCAGACGAUGACUCCAGCGACGGAGGCGAAUGGCUUGGCUCAGAGGACAAGACCAUACUUUCGGCGGGCAACAGCAGCGACAGUGAGGAAGAUGAGAGCGACGCCAUGCAGCUCUCGACCAUGAGCCCAAUCGCGACGGAGCUCAUCGACCCGCUCCUCAUCCUCCCAGGGGAGCUCCACCGCAUGUCUGUCGAGGAGUACGCCAACUCCAAGCAUACCAACUACAACAGCAUGCCGAUCAAGAUGUUGGGAGUGGCCUUCCUCCUCCGCCGCGGAGGGCACGGCAUCGAGUUGAUGCCGCUGAACCCAUACUACUUGGGAUACUGGCUUGGCGACGGAGAUCAUUCCAAGCCCGCUAUCACCAGCAGUGAUGCCAAGACGAGGGCGUAG